CCCAUCGCAAGUGCUUUCUCUUUCAUUAUCCCUACUUAGCGAUAAAAAAAAUCAUCUCCAUCUUUUGCAUCAAAAAAGAGCGAACGUCUGUGUGUGUGCGAGAGAAAGAGAGAGGAAAAAAACCGAACAGAGAGUGAGUGACGAUAAAAUGGUACCGCGAGGUAGGAAAAACACAAAGCUUGCGAAAAAGGAAAAUCGAGACAAUUUUCCACCUCUCUCUCCGGUGUGCCAGGUUCGCGAGUGGGAGUUUUGCUGUCACUUCCGUGCUGACACUACUCGGGAAAACGUGCGUGAACACUGGCAACGAUCAAAUCCUAGUGGCCGUAUCUGGUAGUAGUGACGAGUGUGUGUGUUUGUGUAUGCGUUUUUGGUGUGCUUGUGCGUAUUAGUAUUCGUGCUAAAACCCGUGUUAUAGCGUGUAUUUCGUGUAUCCCGUCUACUAUGCGCUGAUUUCCACGAAAAACAAAGCAUCAAAAAAACGGAAGUGCUUGGCGCUUGACGAGUAUAGAAGAAAAAAAACACACACACACAUAGUGAAAAACACAUCGAAACGCAUCGACAGUGUGAGAACGAAAUUGUUAAUUAUUUGCAAGCGUCGUACAACAACGGGUAAAGAAAAAUCUUGGUGCUACUACCACUUCCGGUGCGUUUUUUUUCUCGCCUGCGUCUCGCCCUUUCUCUCUUGCCGUGCGGUUCCUUUGUGUAGCUUUCGAGACGACAUAUUAGAGCUCGAGAGAGCGCGUGUGCCAGCUACUAAGAACGGUACGCAUACAGUGAAACGUUCGUACUACGCUAGCGAACAGCAAAUGACAACGAGCUCCUAGUGACCUAGCAUGCAGAUGGUGCACAAUUAACGACCGCUGAUAGAGUACGCGAAGUAAAAGCUAUUGCACCGCAAUUAACACGACGAUAGCGCAAGGACGUAUGAUCGGAACGCACGCACACGUACGUGAAAGCAACACGGCAUCGAUCGGGAAGAAGCUGCAUUAAAGGACGUAAAUUCGGACACGCACUCACACACUUGACGACGGCUGUUGAAGGUGAAUGUAUAUUGUUAUUGUUGUUGUAUCCACCUUCCGUAACUAGUAAUGCUCUAAGCACGACGAAGCCUUUUGAAGAAGCAUUUGAACGAAAAAAAAGGAUUGUGUUCCGCAAGAAAACGUCACAACCUACAGCGGAUAAAAAGGAGAGAACACGAAAGACUCGCUAAAAAGCAAGAAAAGACGCCGUCGUAGUGUGUCCUCGAGAAGUGUGAUUAUUGUUGCUUUUUUGCUAAAUGAAUCAAAACUUUGGCUGCUGUAAACGAAAACCAUCGGAAAACGUAAGCACACAGGAGGAUAAACCACAGUACGCUUAAGUAGAGAACCCUUCGGAAGGUUCGGCAUCAAAAACGAACUGCGCUGCAGACGAGCGUCCUCCAUCGAGCGCUUAAGAUCAAAACCCAAGUUCUCGCUAAAGCUAAGCGCACUAUCGUCGAGUAGUAAAAAGUUUUUUUUACUCAAAGCACGCUUUUAGCACUUUGGUGGUAAUAAAUAAUUAAGCAAAAAGGAUAAAACACAACCAGGCAAAUAAAAGAACCUCCCAACAGGACGCUCUAGCACUCAGUGGUUCAACUAAAUCACACAAAACAGAAUCAAAUACAGGCAUACAUUUACACCGAUAUAUAUAUAUACGACAAGCGUACACCUGUACCCGUGAGGUUUUGUUUCUCCUUCGGCCGUUCGGUGCCGACUUUCUUCAGCGCGCAAGGUAAAAUCCCCCCCGGCCUCACGACGGAUCCGUAUCCGGCAGCACUGCACAAAAUGUCCAUACCGACUCCGGCUGGACAGCUUGACGGGGCCCUGGCGGCUCCGAAAUACGGGACACUCAUACCGAACCGGGUAUUUGUCGGCGGCAUCAGUGGCGAUACGACGGAGGCUGAGCUUUGCCGUCUAUUUUCAUCGUACGGUAACGUCAAGUCGACGAAAAUCAUUGUGGACCGGGCCGGUGUCAGUAAAGGGUACGGUUUCGUCACGUUCGAAACGGAACACGAGGCACAGAAGUUGCAGAAUGAUUGUGAUUGCAUUGUCCUGAGAGAUCGCAAACUAAACAUUGCGCCAGCAAUCAAGAAGCAGACACUGUGCGCCACGAACGGUGCGGUGUACUAUGCGGCUACCCCGCCAACGCCUGCCAUCAACAAUAUUCCGAUCGAGCAGUUUGCCACAGUCUACCCGCCAGGUGUGCCAACCAUGUAUCCUCCAACGUUGCCGUAUCAGCCGUUCUACCAGUACUACAGUGUGCCAAUGGUUCCCAAUGCUUUUCCCCCACAGAACGUUCCCACCAUCUGGCCUCAGAAUUAUCAAGGAAUCUACCCUUGUUAAGCGGCAGCUGCAGUACGUGGACGUUAAAGCGUAGUGUAAAAAAAAACAACAACAACAAAAUGAUAAGACUAUAAGCGACUGUUUGAACGAUGAAAAUCUUCAUGCUAUCUAAGCAGAAAUACCGGCGUCGAGGAGGAGCGUCCCAGAUCACGAACAAAACAAAUCUUAUUUAUUAUCAUGAGUAAUAUUUAUACACAAACACCGUGAAGCGCAAAAACCAAGAAUGGAAGCAGAAUAGUGAAACGCGAAAGGAAAAACAAACAAUUACAAUCUAUGUGUAAAAAAGAGUCAUUAGAAUCGGGCAGACGUAAUAAACCUUAGGAUGUAAAACCGAAUAAGGCGAAGAGCAGCAGGAACACGUGCGCAUAGUGAAACGUGGAAUCGGAGGAAAGCACUGCAGUAAUCAAGUGCAACGGAAAUGUUUUAGUUUUUUUUUUGUUUGCGCAUUCGGACAAACAAACGAUAGCUUCCUAAAUACGUUGUUUGGCAAGCAUUAAUUAAUUAUGGUUUUGCUUCGGUACUUAAUAUGUAUGGUUUAGGAUGGCAGAUUUUCGAGUAGAAAUACUGACAGUAGCGAACUGUCGCAGUAUUGCGUAAAGUAGGACGAAAAAUAAAGUACUAUCGGGCGGCAAGAAGCCAAGGAAACAACGACCGAUGUCGUAGGCGCGUUUAGCUAUCAGUUGCAUUCAGUGCAAUAAACACAUCGUUCUGAAGCCGGAUUCCCUGGUGAGCCGGAGCAUGUUACAAGGCACAUCUCAUCAAGCACAUCGUAUCACACCUCCAGCAUCAAUACCAAAAACCCUCCGGAAGGAAGUAAAAGUCAAAGUUGUCUUUUGUACUACUCUUAUGGACGCGACACAUCUUGUGCAGAGUAAACAGCACGAGCAGUACCGUCGACCAAAGACGAUGUUAAUGAUGAAAACGGAUGACGAUGAUGAUGUGUGGAAAAGUUUCGAUUUCAAUUCCCUGCCCUUUUGCGUAUGCAUGUAUCCACGGAUCAGGACGAAAGGUGCAGGCGAAAGAUAAUGGUAACACUGAAAUGACUCGUUGAUGGGGUUUGUGAAUGCCCCGGAGAGAACGGAAAAGGGUGUCGAUGCGCUGUCUCAUUAUGCGUUAAUAUCGUCAGGCACGUACACGGCGCUGUGCGAGCUACUAGGUGUUGGCAAACGGACGCGUUAGUACGAAGAAAUAGAGGCUGUGAAGGGUGGUUUCUCGGGCAGGAUAAUAGUACGCCUACCCGUGAGUAAGCGAAAUGCAAUGGAUGUUGAACAUCCAUCUCUCGUGCAUUAUACAAUAACAACCGUAUUAGAGCAAGCGGAACAGCGUGUGAAAAAUAUCUAGGCAAGAAAAAAACAAAAAAACGUGUGCGAUUCCAUUUACAUCAAAAACUCACCCGCAUUUAGAACCUUCCCGGAGAGCGGGGUUUUGCGAGCGGAUGUGAUGAUGCAGCAGAGCAUAUUCCAUCUAGAGUCGUGCCGUACAUCAACGGAUCGAAGUAAUUCAAACCGCUGGAGCAAAAAGGAAAAAUUCAAACAAUAGAAAAGAAAAGUGUGUACGGAAUUAACAUAGAAACACACAUUUUCCACUCACAAAUACAUGUACAACAAAAGGAAGGCACAAUAAUAAUAGCCAAGGAUAAUGCUAGCCAAGAGCGCAAGGACAAAGAAAGGCAGCGAAACGAUAUGCAAAAAAAAGGUGCGGAAGCACGUUGUUUUGUUGCCGAACCGGUACACUUGUAUCCACAGCACAGGGAGGAAAGGGAAGAGACACGCAAACAAACAAUACGAACGGAACGAGAUCUAAGAGCGCAACGAAGAAGAAGAAAAAACGAAACAGUGUAAGUUGAAGCGCACACCGAAAUAUAUUCUGUCGGAAAAAAAACGAGACUGCGAUGAUGGCGACAGCAAGAUAUGGCAAUCCUUUUGCAUUUUCCCCGGACGGGACGGGUAGCAAUAACAAAAACAAAAACCAAGCGUACCGGUAACUUGAGUUUUUCUUAAACAAGCGAAUAUUUUCCGAGCACAAGGACAAAGGCAAGCGGGGAGGGGUGAAAGGUGAGAGCAGAAACAUACUUUACUCUGUGCAAGCGCCAAGGAAUGGAAUGCUGUUCAUUUUUGGGUGUAUUGUUUUCGUUCGUCAUGUAUUUACACUUCUGGUGGGUUUUGAGGUGAUUUGACGCAAACAGAUCCGGACGCAAGUCGUUUCAUAUGAAAUGCUUUUUGUGGGUGGGUGUGUGUGUGCAUUUGAAGGAAGUUAGUUCAUGCACAAAAUCGAUUGCGCUUAUUGGUGUGACACCCGAAAGAUGGUGCGUAAGAUAAGCGAUACGCGUUUGCCGGAACAUGAUUCUAAAUCGUAGUUGAAUUGCAGAAAUCCUUAAAUUACAAAAACAAAAACAAAAAAAGAACAGUCAAUACUUAGCAAAACAGCCAGCCCUGGAUGCGAUUCAUUGAUCCUAAACACCUAAGGCGAUAAUAAAAUUUACAUGAGUGAGAGUAGAAUGCGUAAUGCUAAUAUUUGCUUUAGCUCUUACCGAUUUUACGCGCGCGCCGCCCCCACACAGUGGAUGAAUGUGAUAUUGGUGUGAAUGUGCAAAGAGUGCAAAACAUAUUAUAAGCGUUUCCGCUCACCAGACAUAAAUUUGAGCCCCGUUUCAUUGCCGCAAAAGUGGACAAAUCUGUUUUAGCCCCGUAGAACAGUGGACAAGCAAUAGAUACAGCAGAGGCUAUCAGGUUAUUAUCCGUUUUGCACUAACUUCUUCUCGCUAAUGGGUUGCCAUGCCUGGUAAAUUACGUGCGGCUAAGGUUUUUUGCAAUACACGAACAAAUAAUAGCAACUAUUACAGAACAGCAACAGAUGAAAGCACAAUGCAUUAUCAACUAGUGAAUGAUAAUUUUAAACAACUAUCUCAAAUAGCAAUUACACGCAUCGUGUCAUCGAUACAUACGAUACACGGUAUCAGCAGUGCAACCGAUUUCACAUGAGCUAAUACUAAUUGUACAACCCCAUACAGUGACAACGUUAAACGUAGAACGCUAGCACGCAACAAACAAUUUAGUGUAAUGCAAACGCAAACGCAAAACAAAAAACCACUAACAGCCCAACAUUAUGUAGGGACAUGAUAUUAAGCAGGCACAGACAGGAAAUUAAGUUUUCAAAACUUGUUUCAAUGCGAAGGAAAGUAUAUUUUUCUUUUCGGUGCUACAAUGUAGACGCCAUUUUGCGUUAAAAGAGAAUGCAAAAUAUGUUUCUUAUAACAAAUUGUGCCGGAAACCGAUUAGCGGGUAAUCCAUCAAAAGCCUUAAGGCUUCUUUCUUCGUACAGCGAGUGUUAGUGUGGCGCCUCCAUCGACGGUGUAACAUGCAAUACGUGUGAAGCAAUUACGAACAAAAAAGGUUCUGAUUGAUGAGACGUAUUACAAUCGAAGUGGAAGUUUUCCUUUUUCGGUAAAUUGUUCUUGCAGCAGGCGCGAUUUGACUACGCGGCGUGUUGCAUUGCGGUUGUGCUCCAUAUGUGAGAGGUAGAGAUAAAAUUAAUUUAUGGUACUAGUGGCACAGUUACUUAGUGGUGGGUACCUGAUGCUUUGUAGUUGGUUUUUAGUUUCAGUACUGGAUCUCUUAGAUACGUUGCAGUGCAUUUUGGACUGCAUCUAGAACCGCCAUCUUGCCUGCGUGAUGCUUGAAUACCGUAUUCUCUUGCUCUUGCCCCACUCUAGCGAGAUCGCCAUAGCCUCUUAGUACAGUUUCGCUAGAGUGUUAUAGCCGUGGGUGUCACUGGAACCGAUGGACGUUCCAUUAUCGGCACGUUAAACUCUCCCGUGUUCGGUUUUUGGUUGGCCAACAAGUAUAAGUUCGAAGCUUUUUUUGAUGUCGACUUGCAGGUAGUAAUUCUCCGUGAUUGGAUCGUAGGGCGAAGGCUGUUUGCAAAGAGAUGCAAGAGCUUAAGCAGCUGUGGUAGUAUGGAAACGAUGGCAAUAUGCUGCCCUACUAGCAGGGCGUAACAGUGAACCGUAGACAUAUUUAACUAGGACAAAUAACACUCAUGAAAGCAAUUAAGCGCAUAUAGCUUGCGAAGAAGUGGCGUAGAAUAUUGGGAAGAUUGGGCUUCCUGGAGGUGUGUACGAACGGAUAGCAAAAUGCACCUAGACGCAAAAGACCGAGUUCUGAUGCCAAUGCGUGUUUGUGUAAUGAUUCUUGCUGCCAUGCCAUGCUGAUAAUCAGGUUUCAUCAGUUUAAAAGUUCCCCUCCCCCUCCCCACCCCUCCCAUUUAGUUUCAUUAGUAACUAUGUUAUCUACUGCUUACGAAUAUCCCUUCGUUGAUUAAUCAUUACGUGUAUUUGUUAACCUCCUUUGUCCCAAAGACAAUGUUAAAAGUGUACAUCGCGUUGAUUGCGAAAGUUAUUGCGGCAAGGACAAAUCGUUAUCUGUUUGAAACUGUUCACUUGUAGCUGUUGUACCCCGCACGACUAGCGUAAUGUAUUAUGUGUUUUUGUUUAUUGUUUUCACGUUUAUUUCAAUUCAUCUGUCCGAAGUCAUCAUUACAAAAAGACACGCAAAGAACUUCCUGAAACACUCUGGUUUGUUUUGGAAAGCGCAUCAAGCAUUUUUAUUUCACGCUUACAAAAGUGCUUGUGUGUGAGCAAAGAAGCAUUACAAUUACAGGUUUGGAAGAAGGAAACAUUUGAAAAGAAAAAAAUAAAAGGCACACAUUAACAAAAGGUGACAAUUUUUUCAGCAUUGUAAAUCAACUAAAUGCGAUAAAAUAGGAGACUGCGUAAAACGUGGUAAACAUGAACAUGAAAGACAAUGGAACGCCGACAUUGAGAUAUGCCGUGUUGGUAAUGUUAGUAAAAAACACAAAAAAAAAUAACAACUGUUGCAAGUUAUGCGGCGAACGCAAAUAACUCUUUAUUAUUUUAAGAGCAAACCUAAACGGGAGAUAAACCAUAAGAUAAGUUGUAAGGUGACUGGAAGGAGCAGAGUAAACCAUACCCUAUAAUCUAGUGAAUAAAAUAUCGUAGCAAAACAAAAACAUAACAACACAAAGUAAACUGAACGCCGUAAAUGUAAAGGAAGGUUAAACUAGCAGUAAAAUGAUUCGAGACGGAUAAACGAUGCGAUGGAGUGCAAUUUAAUACAAAAAAGAAGAAAAAAAAGCAACAUAAAUCAAUUCUAACAAUCUUGUAAAGAGUAGAACAAAAGCGAAGGGGGUGUUUUAUCUAUUUAUUUUUAAUUUUUCGGAUGAUCGAGAUGGAUCCAUCCAGCAUCCAGUUGAUUGGAAGGAGAUGACAGUGCUCUAACAAACAUGGCGUCUUAUCUUCUAAAAGUAGAAGAACCGAAAGUGUUUGAUAAGUAGACGAUUGUGAGAGGAACAAUUGAAUGCAACAAAUUAUAAAUCGUACACAUUACACAUCACCCAAUAACAUCGAAAACAAAAUAGUAGUCAGCAAAAUGUAGCCACACCGUAGAGAGAAGGGAGCGAGAGGGAUUACUAAAACAAAAUCACGAUGAUCAUGUGAUGCACAGAGCAAGAAAGAAUGAGAAAGAGAGAGAGAGAUAGCAGUGUUAGUUUAUAGUAGCAUUAUUUGGCGGAAAUGAAUGAAACGUCAAACGGCCAUUAUGCAAAAGAAGCCAUUCCCCGCCUGAUGCAACAAACAACAAAAGAAAAACACGUACCGUAAGUGUUUUUAACACACAAUGUGAUUUGCAAGUUGAUGAUCACAUACAUACGAUCAUUAGAGCGCGAUCGUGUGAUAUCUAUUGGCUGCACCACUGAACGAAAAAAGCAACAUUUUCCACCACAUUGCACAUCCAUGUACGCGCCCAUCACAUCUCAAUGUCACACAUAGGAAGAAACAAAAACCCACAUGCGUACACGCACUGCGGUACAGUUAAGAAAAUAUAUAUCAAAGGUUUCAAAACAUGCAAAAAAAAGCAAGAAAUGUUUUGAUAUGAAAUUUAUUGUUAUUGUUGAACCAGAACAGGCCAAUGUGUGUGUGUGCGCGCUCGAGAUGAAAAUAAAGGGAUGUGCUCCAAAACCACACAGUGAGCAAAAUAUACCCCGCGGGGAUAUUCAACCCUCUGACAGGGUUAAAAGGGAGACCUACACACAAGUGCAAGAUAGGACAGUAAAGAUCCGGAUCGGAAGAUUUGUCCUUUUCGUUUACAAAUUGUUGAACUAAGAUCGCUCAAUAGAAGAAAGUGGACAAUGAAGGUCUUAUCCGUAGGUGAAUGGAAAAGCAAAUCCACACUCUUGGAGGUUGUUGAUUAGUGAAUUGUUAAGCAGAAGCAGGUUCGUGUGUUAUUAUUUCCUGUUUUUUACACAUACUGAGUGUAAAAUGCGCGCUCAAAAAUGGAUGGUUAAAUGCCGGUAAUACUUUCAGAGGUUACAGUAGCAAAAAAAGGGGAAGAAAUUAACGCAAUCCGACAAAGAAGCAAGCAAACCGAUUGGAAAAUCCAAAAGUAAUCUUUGUGAUAUAUUUGCCAAAACCAAAACUGAGCAAGAAAACAGCAAGGUAAACAAUUGAUUAGUAAACUCUCCGACACAAAAAUACAUACAUUGUACAUUGUGGUCACUAGGUUAGUUUUGUGAAAGGCUCCUUUUGCUGAGUGUGAGCAAACUGUUUGUCAACUCAUGAUAAUGGAACUAUCAUGUUAGUUUGCUCCUUUGUUAUCUUUUUGUUUUUACUAAAAUCAAUCUCUUUUCCUUUAUCUUAACCUGUUAGAAUCGAUUGGCAAAUCAGAUGGCUUCCAUUAGGCGGUAACUCUUUUUUACCGCGUUAGGAACAGUUUUUUUUUCUCUCUCACAAUGAUCCAUCUCACCAUCUUACGCAUAAAGUAGAGAACAAGAGUAUUCUGAAAAAUGAUCAAAUUAUCCUUCAUUCACUACAUUCAUGUACUAUUCAUGACGGCGCUCUUGAAGAAUGCGGUAUAUGUAGAGAAGACAGCGUCUUUAUGGCUAUUGAGCUGUAUCAAUUUUCCAAUGCAAUACAAUUUAUAUUCAAAAAAUAAUUUGCUGCUAAACAAAAUUUCAAAUUACUACAUUAUAUCAUCACGAAGAACUUUAAUGAUGAUAAUGAUUAAAUUAAUGAUAAUAAUGAUGAAUUUAUUCUGUAACGCGCGAUUUUCCAGCAAACAUCUUCCUUAAUGUGUGGCACAGGCAUAAGUCAUUAAUUGUUUUAACAUUGAUCACAUGACUGCGCUAACUGCUUACUUCUUAUGCGGACGCUUCUUCUCUCUUUCUGCUAUCGUAUCGGUUGGGUAAAAGGAAUAGGAAAAGGAAACAAACAUCAGGAGAACUGUUACGAUAACUUCAUCUCAUUUCACUAUAGUCUGUGGCGGAUAGGAUCGAAGAAUUGAAAUGAAAACCAAACAAAAUUAGAAAAAAGCAUACAAAAUCACCCAUGCCGACAUAUGAUCGUUGUUUGUGAGCCGAAUCUAAGGUAGACGAAGUGACAACUCAAUUGCCGUACAUCAAACUUUGUGAAUGGUGGCCGCGGGUGGCAAUUGCAGUAACGAAAGGAAAUUUUAAAACGAAUAUAUUAUGUGCUCUAUUACGAAAACGUAAACGUGUAAGAAACCUAAGUAAACAAACAAAACAAACCAACAAAACAAAUAAAAACACACACAUUAAUAAUAUUAUCUCUAUUGAGAUAUCAAAAUAUAUUAUUUAUUUAAAAAGAAAAAAAAAGGGGCUAGCGGUAUUAGCAUGGAAGACAAAAUCAAACAAACAAAAAAUCACGAUGAGAAAAUGACGGUGGUUAGAGUGGCAGAUUAACCUAAUAAAAAAAAAUUCUAGCCAGAUGAAAACAUGAAAAGAAUGAACUAAAGUCUAAUUUAUUUAUAUAAUAUACUAUAUACAGAUAAAAGUAAGCAAUAAAAACAAAAGUAGACAACUGAUAAGUCACUGAGCGGAAGGUAAAACUGAAAACGAAAUUUAAAUCAUAAAUAAGUGAAACGUAUAGCAGAAAAACGUAAAAUAAAAAUGUAAACGAGAAAAAAAACACAGAAAAACGUGAAGAUGCAUUAUAAAAGAAUAUUAUAAUCGACAUAUACCAACACUUAUAUAUAUUACAUAUAUAUAUACAAGCAAACGAACGUAGUAUGUAAGGUAUAGACAGGAAGAAAAAGAAAGAGAGCAAAUUAAUCCUCACAUGAAGAAGAUAAGACGGUCAAAACUCAUUCAUUCAUGCCAAUCCUCCAAACUACACAACUACGGGCACGGACAGCGGUCGAAUCAUAUACAACACAUAUUUCACGUAAUAUGCACACUCUUAAACCGAAACAAAACAUAACUCCUAGAUGGUUAGCAAUGUAAGGAAUGCAAGAAAAAAAAGCAAAACAAUGCAUAAAACUCACUCAAUCUUACAUUACAAAACUCACACACACGCAAACACAAAUACAAACUUAAUCUAAAUGCAUGUGCUGGCAGUGGAUGCCAAUGGAAACGAUGAUAUUUUUUAAAAAUAUUAUACCUAUAUACAUACCGAAAUUGCGGGAAGGCAGAUAUAACUACAAACGGAUCCGAUAGGAUGAAGGAGGAACGAAUUGGUUUGAAUAGGGAAUGUGUACUGAGUCGUUUUACCGUGCUGAAAUCGUCGUGAUCGACCGUUGAAAUGGAGUUGAUUGUGUGAGUAGUAAAAUUGGAAAUGAUAAGAAGGUGCAGCUGAAAGAUGGCUAUGACGUGGGUAAAGCAUAAUUCUAGGAAAAUGAAAUAAUUUAUACAAUAAACCCCGGAUAGUAAAACGGGAAACAUUUGGAGUGAAAUCUAAAGCAGUAGAAAUCGAAUUAAAGAACAAGAAAAAAAACCGCGCAUAUAUGAUAUAUACACAAUAAUAGAAUAUGAGAUAGAGAAGAAAGGCAAAGAAUGAGACAUGAGAACAACACAACAGAAACUCCUUAAAACAAAACCGGUAGAUGGUGAAAAUACUUGCAACACACAAACAUACAAAUACAGACACUCUCUUACACAUUAAAAAAACAUAUAGUAAUGUAAUACGUGAAAGCGUAAAGAAAAGAAAAAAAACCUAACGGAUGAAAUAUAUUCAAACUGUCGGUGAUAUUUUUAGAUUAUAGAUAAAUACGAAAGAAAGAAUCUGUCUGUGCGUUGGCACGAGAGCAGGAAUGUAAACCGUGAAACGAAUAACAUGUAAUCAUACUAAAGUAAUUGAUAGUAAGUAAUAAAUAAAAGGAGGCAAAGAUGAGUGAACGCCGGAACGGAAAAAGAUAAGGUCCCCCUUCUCCCCCUCCCAAACAUAUACACAAACACAUACACAUUCGAAGACACGAAAGGAAACCAUUGAUAAAAGUGGAUAUGAGAAGGAAAAUGGGGAAUGGAAACAGGAAGAAUAAACUACCGAUACGGUUGGUGAAGAUAUAUUUUGUUGUUCACUGUUUUCUCCAUUUCUUACGGAACUUUUUUGUUUAGCAAAUUAUUCCCCUUCACUCAGUUUAAGAGGUGGGUGAUUUUGCUUUUCUUUUGUUUUUUUUUUUUAAUUUGUCUGAUCGGUAAGCAAAUAUUAGAACAGAAACAGGGCAAUACUGAGUGAGGAGUUCUCUCGAUUAUUUUUUGUUUCAUUAAAUAUUGCAAAACUGUACCAAAACAGCAGAAUCAUUUGGAUGUAUCUUUUAUUAUUUUCAAAAUGCAAUUUUUGUUUUGUUUGAUUUUUGCUUUUCUAUCUGAUAUUUCUUCAACUUUAUUCUUUUUAGAUGUGUGGAGAAUGUCAUUGUACACUCAUCCCUUAUUGCUCGUUUCAUUUGUCUAAAGCAAGUAAAAUCUGGAAAAAAAUAUUUUUUUUCACUAAAUUAACUAAAUUCAAAUUAGUUUUGGACUGUCAUUGAUCAGCUCCAACAAAACGAUGAGAGAGCGAAAGAGAGACAGAGCAUCUCAGUAAAUUAUCAACCAAUGGACAAUAACGAAAGCAAAAAGAUAAAAAUUGCAUCGAAAAAUGUUAGACAACUUUAUUGGACUAGAAAUUGGAUAAACGAUAUAACAAAAAUAAAAAGAAAAACGUAAUUCGAUACAGAAAUAGUUUUAUUUUUUUAGUAUAUCGAACGUUUACGAAAGCAAAUAGGUUUUACAUCGUGUAACACCGCAUUCGUUUGGCAAAACUGCUAGACAAAUGCUACACUACUACAACACACUAAUACUACUACUACUACUACUAAAAACUACAAGGCCCACACACACACACAAACACUUAAGCGAAAAAAAAUUAAAUCAUUUAUACAAACAUAUAUGUAUACAAGCAGCAAAAACACACACACAGUAAGCAAACACAACACACACACAAAACAAAUGGUACUGAGAAGGAUUAAUUGUUAGAUGGAGACGUUGGCAGGUGUUGCUUUCAGACGUCAGAUCCCAGGCAUGCAAAUGUGCCACGUGAAAGUUCUGGUUUCCUAUCGGUUUUUAUGUUUCCAAACAGUGGAAGGUGACAAGGCGACGACGAAUCGGUUAAAUUUUUAAGCAAAUAUCCUUAUAUUGGAGGAAGCCAUUCCCCGAGGCGGGAUGCAAUGAGGGAACGUUGUUUUCGGUUGCCAAAUCGGUUCGGGUACUAAGCGUGGAACCGAUACACGCGAAGGUAAAGAUGCAAAAGAACGAAGUAAAUUGGAACAAGAUCGAGCGAUAGUUUCGGCGUUAAGUAGGAAAUGUUGUAUUUUAUGUAAUGCCAUGUGUAGGAGGGAAUUUGUGUGAGGCAGAGCAAUGGCACAGGAGAGGAGGUGUCUAAGGAUUAAGGGGGUUAGUAAAAUUUUAAAAACAAACUCUAUAAGAUGGUGCACGUAUCUUAGUAGCAAAAUGUAUGUGGAAUAGUGCGAUGCAUAGGCGAUGCAUUGCGUGAAGAACAUGGAUAUUAUUAUUUAUUAAUUAAUUAUUUUUGUUUGUCUCGUUUCUUCAUCUCACGAGCUUACAGGCCGGAUCGACCGUUAAGAGUACUAAUGAUUAUGUGAGUGAAUAUGUGGAAGUUAAGAAUAUGAGAGAGAGAAAAUUACUAGAACAACGUCUAAUAUCCACAGCAAGAAUAUUUGUUUAUUUCUUUCAUUUAUAUGCACUUUCUGUUGUUCGUAGUCCGAAAUUGUGUUACAUUAUUGUACUCUCCUAGGUACAACUUAUGGUUUGAAACUCAUGCUCAGGUAUGUUUUUUUUAUGUUUGAUUUUUUCUUUCCCGCCAUUUGAUCGUAUUUCGUUUUUCGUUUUAGACGUGAGAAGAAGCAACGAACACGACUUUACUCACCAUACACUAAGUCAAUCGAAAAGCAAUCCAAACUCCUCGUCCUCAUUAUCUAUUAUUGUAGUUCUACGUAGAAGGAUUACGUCGCGAAGAGUGUAAUAUCGUAGAAUGAUCGCGUGAUGCUGGCGACAUGUGGCAUAUGUUUUCACCGUGUGUUCAACGGUUUGGUGAAGUAAUACUAUUAAUCGUUUGAUAGUAGCAAUACCGCCCUCUUGGCAUUUGGCUUCACCGGCAAAUAACCGCUAGGAAGGUGAACAAUACACACAAUGCAAUAAACAACAACAAGAUGAAUAAACGAAACAUGCCGGAUGUCGACGAAGAUAAACAAAAGAAUGAAACCCCCCACUUUCGAAGUAUAUAAAGCAAAGGUAAAACACAUUAAGGUACAUAUGGUUGUGUCAAAAUAUGAAAACUGUUAAUAAUCCGGAAUUUGAAAGCAAAAAAAAAACAAAUUACCGGACAAAUGCGUGGGUUGAGCAAACAAAACCAAAACACUACAGGCCGAACGUAGCUUAUUAUCUUAACAUCGACAAAGCACACACCCGAAUCAGACACUGACACACAGUGCCAUUAAAAAAGGAGAGCAUCGUAAUACUUGGUGUGGCAGUAUUGCUUAUAACAUAUUAUUGCAAGGAAUAAAGUUCCAUCAGUUUAUUGGUUGACAAGCAGAACGUACAAUAAGUUUCAUCAUUAGUUUUCGGUUUAAAUGAAGGAUACAAGAAUUCAAGAAUUAAUUGAAACGAAAAUUUAAAAAAAUAUAUCUAUUUGUUAUUUUCAGAGCAAUAAUUCGAAACAUUUUGAGACUUUUUCCUUGUUUCGAAUCAUUUGGAUUUGUUCCUUAUCUUGAUUAUAACAAUUCAUAACCAUCUCACUGCGCCACUGAAGCAAUACGUUGAAACCUACAUCCAAUGUGCUGUUUUACAUUCAUAUACUUAUAUAUAUAUACACAAAAAAUACAUUAAGAUGAUCAAGCCUUCCAUACCUGUUGGCAGUGUAGCAAAACAUGUCGAAAGAGUAAAAGGAUUUAAAUGGGAAAGGAGUGAUUAAAGAAAAUAAAGAAGGAAACCUUAAUAUAGCAAGGCAACUAUAAAAGAUAUUAUAUAUAUAUUAUAUAUAAGGGUAAUAACAACCCCUCAAGUGUAAGGCCAUGGCCUUUUCUUCAUUUUAUUGUGUCUUCGUAGAGCGUAUAUUGUAGAAGAUACGGAGAAACUGCGAACAGAAGGACAGAAGGAAGUUAUGAUUAUUAUGAACAUUAUUAUUAUUAUUAUUAUUGCUAUGAAAGUAAUAAACCAGAAAAAAAGAAUAAUGUGAUAGAUUUAAAAAUAUAUAUAUAUAUAUAUAUAAAUAUAUAUACAUACCUACUGUACUGUAUAUUGCGUAUAAGUAAAUGAAAGUAUGAAAAAAGAAAGCACUAAAAAAAGAAGAAAUACAAACAAAAUCUAAAACUGGUAUAUAUACACAACAACAACAACAACAAAACAAAACUAUAUAUUAAUACUGAUAAAGAAAAUACAACAAAACCACACAUACACACAUACAGUACCGUAGUGAGUAGGAAAGCGGAAAGACGAAUGGGUAAGAGAGGCAAACAUAAGAGUAAACUAUGAUAUAUGUCGAUUCACGAUCACAAUUUUACUUCUCUAGUAACGAACAGCGGUGCGUCGCAGAACAGAAUAAACGACUAACGCCCAGUCAACUACAUGCUCUUUAUACCUACUAUAUACAUAGAUAUAUACACGCAUAACUACACGCAUAACAAAGUAAAGAGAAAACAGAAGAAAACGGUCAAAUGAAAACAAAACAAACGUAACGUAGCGUCAAUGGUAUCUACACAAUACUUAGAUAAAAACAUACAAAAAAAAACAAUGUGAGAAAUGUGUUUGUAAAUGUGGAAAAGUGUGGCUGGGUGGAUAUUGCAGAAAAGUACGACCGAACAUUAAAGGGCAACCAUCACAAAGCACACAGAUUAUUGACAUGAAACUUUUCAAACAAAUAUUUCCGAAAUUCUCGAUGUACUCUCCGAAUAGCGUGUGAACAAGGUAAAAUCCUAUAAGAGAUAAACUAAUUUACAACAACAAACAACAUAAGCUAACCGAUGAACAAACUGCUGUCAGUGUGAUACUUGCGCUGAAGCUAACAAUGUUACUCCAAUUUGUUUUCGUAUUAUUAUUAACGAUGCUUUUUUUCCUUUUAUUACAUAUUAAUGUAAUCUAAUCUUUAGUUUAGUUGGUAUUUUUCUAAUAUUGGGAUAUACUUUUUGAAAUUUUAUUCAAAAUUUUAAGAUUAUUCUAUAUUCUACAAAAUCUCACACUUUUGACUCUCUCAUUUUAAAAGAAUAAUGUGUGCAUAAACAGAAGAAAUGGAAAAAGGAAGAACAAACAUAACACAUUUAAUACAAACUACAAAAUGUGAAACUGACACUAUCACAACAAAAGAAAACAAACAAACAAACAAACAAACAAACAUUAUUACAUAAAUUAUAUCAAUUAUUCAAUGAAGCCAAAACAAGUAAAACGAGACUUGAAAAGUGAACGGUGGCAAUUAUCGCUCCUGUAAUAAAAAAAAAACAAUUACUGCUUCCGGUUGAGAAAGCCAAGCAGCAGCAUGCAUGUGCAUUUUCACUGAUGCACCGGAUGCAGUGAUUUUAACGUGAGCAAUUAAAGCAAUGCAAUUAUGUCUAAUUUGACCUCUUUUCUAUCUUGGGCUCUGUCUCUUGUAGAACCUAUACAGAGAUACAAUAAUGAAGUCUAUUAAAGUGAACUGGCUGCAUAAGAUGAAUCUGCACACAAACAGGAUCGAAGAACAUCACGAAACGAAAUCCAACUAUCGUAGAGUGAAAUACAAAAGUAGAAACAAACGAAUAUCAACCUAAAUCUAAAUGGUGAAAAAACUGAAGAUACAAUAAACAACAUAGAAACAAACAAAGAAAUGAACGCGUUUUCAUCAAAGUCAAAGAAGCGGGUGACGAACUAUGGCAUAAUCAAUCAAAAUUUCUUAGUUUUUACAACUUCUAGCAAUUUCUAAAUAUCAAGGUUUAGGUCGCAAUUCUUAGCACUUAUUUCUCUUGUAUGAAUAUGUAAGCUAGCAAACAUUAAAUACAACACAAAUAGAAACAUUAAAAGAAAGGAAGUAAAAAGAGAAUAUCUACAUUAGUCGAGGACAUGUUGCUCUUGCUUUGGUUCAAAGUCUUGUUAGUUUUUUAUUAACUUUAUCGCAUAUCUGCGAUAAAUAAUGUAAUUUAUUAUUAAUUUAAUAAUGUUAUGAAUAUUUUCCCGCCGCGAUGUUGUGUAUUUGUUUGAAGCUUUUAAGUGUUGUCAGUUUUUCGUUUUUUUAUGUUUGAAUGAUCAGAUGCGACAGCAAGGGCAGACAUAACUGUAUACUGAAGCAAAUCUUUAUAGAACAGAAACAUCAACCACUCUACUCUAAAAUAGUAACUAACGCUCUUUAAACUCUGCACUGGGAGACUCUUUUAAUCUAAAACUUUUAAAGAAGACGCUGCAAACCAUAGCACCACUUCAAUUAUAGAACAGUUAGAAUGAACACUUAAUAAGAAGAAGAAAACACAUCCACCCUGAAAUAAAACACAACACAGCGUUAAUAAAUAAGAAGCACAGACACAGACACAUUUAACUACAUGGGAAAGCGAAUCAAAACUAUUCUAUCAGAAGCAGAACAUUUUAAAAUACAAAACCUUACAAUAGAUAACGAGCGGAUUGCAUAGUAAACGAGCAGAGAUAUUGCAUUUAAACGUUCAAAGGAACGGGCCAGAACUGUUGUAAACAAACAUCUUAGCACGAAGCACCUCAGCAAGCACUCCGAUACCUAUCUCUACACCUGAUGCUUUACGUUUGCUUUAAGUUUGAUGCUACAAGUUGCCAUUUUGCAGUAGUUUAUUUCAUCUGGCAAUUUUCCCGUACAAAACGACACAUAGACACAGGUUGUUGUGAAUACUAAAAAUGGUUCAUGGAAUGAUGAAAACAAAAGGUGCUAUGAAAAGUCGAAUAGAAGCGAACUGAAAUACAAUGAGCCAGGCGCAACCGUAACACAAAAUAUAUCUAUCAAUGCUUUCGUGCUAUCUUUUCGUUCUAAAUCCUUCUCUUAGUUUUCUUUUUCAGAUAUCAAGAUAUGUUUUUUUAUCGAUGCAUAAAGUGGCUAUUACAAACAAGAAAACCAAAUCCAUUAAAAAAAGCUAUAAAUGUUACAUUACAUGUGUCGGUAACCGUAUGUGUGUGUGUAUACAUGGAGAAAGGGUGUAACCAAUAAUAAAAGGAAAUGUUAGAAAGAGAUGGUAAAAGUGAAAGGAAGAGAAGAAUCGAAAAAUAUACUAAAACACACACUUACACACAUUAAAAAGGCUGUAAUUUUAAGAGAUAAACACAAAAGAAAUUGUGGACGUGAAAGCUCGGAUAUAAAAAAUGAACAGUCAAAGCAGUCGAAUUGGGAAUAAAAGGGGCAAGGAAAUACAAUAAAUGGAAAUUAUAUAUACAUAUAGAUAAAUAAGCUAAGAAGUACUACUAAAGUGCAGUAAACAGCAAGACAGAAGAAUAAAAUAAAACGACAACAAAACCUAAUAAAAGUAUAUUGACAAGAAGUAAAACAAAUAAACCAAACAAACUAUGGUCUAUAUAUAUACACACAAACACAUACAUACAACACAAUCGAACGUAACACAAAAAACUACACUACACUACUCGGAUACUUGGAUGUGGUGAGAAUGGGAAAGUGUUUGUGGUGAAAAAAUGAGAAAAGCUGUACAUCACAGCUCACGGCUCCCCCUAUUCCAUUUCUUUUAACCCACAGAUCCUCGCACGGAUGUCUCACUAUCCGCGCUCUGUGAGGUUCAUCUUAAGUGUACCGAUCAAAUCAAAAAUUUAGUAGCUCUACCGUGCGAUAGGGCUGUUGUUGUGGUGAUAAAACCCGUUUCCAAUCUACUGUCAAUACUGAAAGCGAAAGGUGUGAAAAUAGCGGGAGGAAACAGUCCGGAGUGUAGGUAAAGGGGGGGCAGUAGGAAUUGGGGGAUUUUUGAGCGAGAAGAAAUACAAAAAAAAGAACAAAUGUCAAGAAACUGUACUGUAGAAUUGUAAGUGAAGGUGAAUGAGUAAGUCAAAAAUAAAGUCUAUACAUCAAGAGAAAAGAAAAAGACAAACCGAUAGAAGAAAAUCAUAAAACUUC